UGAAGUAUAAGCGAGAGUGGCACCAGGCAAAUCCGCCUCCAGUCAACUGCGCUAAAGGUUACGACACAUCCAUGUACCUCCUGAUGCACAUCCAGUGAUACCUCCUCUACCUGUUACUUUUCUUUCUUUUUUUUUCUCUCUUUCUUUCCCUGUCGCACUUUGUCUGCGCGGCUGCAGCGGUCCACCAUUGCCCCCAAAAACCACGCCAGCGUUUUAACGCAAGCUUGUCGGGGGCUGCAAAGGAAGCGGCUGAUCGGUGCGGCGCUGGGUCUCGUCGUCAUGGUGGUGGUGCUGCUUGUCGCGAUUCCCCUGCUGGUCCAGAGCUCCACUAUCUCCGCGCACUACGAGAUGAUGGGCACCUGUCGCAUGAUCUGUGACCCGUACACCCCGAAAGCGAGCGCCACGGCGCUAGAAGUCAUGCAGGACCUCGGUGCCAUCCCGCCGCCGCCUCCUCCGUCUUUCUCCCGUGGGAACAAAGGUGAACCGGGCCGCCCGGGGAAGCCUGGGCCGAGAGGUCCUCCAGGUGAACCUGGUCCCCCCGGACCGAGAGGGCCGCCGGGUGAGCGUGGAGACUCCGGAAAAAUCGGCUUUACCGGGGGUCCACAAGGAACAGCUCGGACUGAAACGGGAGAACUUGGCUCUGCGUUUGCGAGUGUCAAGAUCGCCUUCUACGUCGGUCUUAAAAACCCACACGAGGGUUACGAGGUGCUCCGUUUCGAUGAUGUGGUAACUAACCUAGGCAACCACUACGACCCUUCCACUGGCAAGUUCACAUGCCAGGUGUCUGGAAUUUACUACUUCACUUACCAUAUACUGAUGCGCGGAGGAGACGGAACCAGCAUGUGGGCAGACCUCUGCAAAAACGGACAGGUUCGAGCAAGUGCCAUAGCCCAGGAUGCAGACCAGAACUAUGACUACGCAAGCAACAGUGUAGUGCUACAUCUGGACUCAGGGGACGAGAUAUAUGUGAAAUUGGAUGGCGGGAAGGCACAUGGUGGAAACAACAACAAAUACAGCACUUUUUCUGGCUUCAUACUGUACCCGGACUGAACUGGACCACAAGAACAGACACUGAAGUGAAUAGUCAUUUACCAAGUUGACAUUAACACAGGUUGAAGCCCUGUCCAAUCUAGUGCUUCAUUUCUGUGUAUCUGUGGAAAUAUGCUAUUUUACUUACUGGACCAUAAAGUAUACAACCAGUGAGAAGUUAAUGUUUGAAGUGAGCUUUUUUUUUUUUUACACACAGCAAAAUCUCCAGAGUAGAAUUAACACCUACAGUGUUUGUGUAAGUCCAUAUGGGCUCAAAUAAACAUUGGAAGAGUAAAGAGGGUCUGUCUGAAGAUAGCAGGCUGAUGGGUGUGUCUUUGAGUACAUUGUAAAUAAUAUAUACAGCAUUCUUAUUGUAAUGCUUGUUUACAGUAAUGAUACAUUGCAUUGUUAUUUAUUUGUUUAUUUAUUUAUUUUAUUAGAGUGUGUUUGAUCUGUUUGCAGUCCAGUGAAAUUACACUUUACAGUACUAUAUAUUGGUAGCAAUGUACUAUUGUAAAAAACACUGCUGAAAUUUUAGUUAUAUUAUUAAACCUCCUUUAUUGACAAAUAUGAAUCUUAAAUAAAUGUAAAAAAAAGUUAAUUCUAACAAAGGAAUAUGAUAAAAUGUGCUUAUUACAGCAAUCAUUUCAGUUCAUUUCAAAUGAGAACAAACAUAAGACACCAAAUGUGACAAUUAAUGGGUCACUGACCUGAACACCAAAGAGAAAAAAAAAAGAAACAAGAAUGUAAACAAUAAAAUAUCAUGCUAGCUUUAUGUAUCUAGCUAGGCUUAGAUUAUAUUGCCUACAGAUUUACCUACAGCUGGCCCUGCCUCCCUGAACUAACCACAUCUUUGUGUUUUUCUUUAAAACCAAACAAACAAACAAACCACAAUUAAGGAUGACAAAAUAAUGGAAGACCUGAAAAAAAAAUUCUUUUGCUGCUUCCGGUAAAUGCUAUUAAUGGCUAGUUUAACAGUAGAGUUAAUGAUGCUGUAUGUUUUACAGUUGAUAGUCACUGCAGUGUUACUGUGGCUAAACAAUAAGGUUCUUCGAUAAAUUAUAACCUAGCAGUUCUGUUAAUCAUUUCUGAGCUGCAGUUCAAACUGUAAACACUUUUAAUUUGUCAUACUGUUUUGAAUACAAUAUAUUAUUGUUGAAAUUACAGAAAUUCUUUACAGUGUAGGGUUAAAUAGGCAUGCCAUUAAUCACAUAUGAAUUCAAAGAUAUGUCUUACAUAUUUGUUCCUAGUAGGGACCCAACAGUCAAAGGCAGUUUUGAUUAAACUCGAAGGUAUACUGUCAGUUUAGUUUUAAACUGUGUGUAACACAGUAUUUUGACAGUAUGCCUGAAUGGUUUGCAAAAAGAACAUUCUUGGACUCAUGUGAGGUGUGUACAAUUACUGUGUCUCCAUCAGCUCUGUUGUGUCAUAACAUUAUGAAAAUUACUGACAUAGUGCCACUACAGCUAAUAUUAGCUGUGAAGAUUAUGAACUUGUUUUUAAGAUUCUUUCAGAAAUACUACCCUGACUAUCUUUCCACAUAGGAACUCAAAUACAUGGCAAGAAUUUCACUGACUGCUAUCAAGGCAUACCUACUCAGAGCUAGUGUGGACUCAUAAACCCACUCAUAUUUCCAUAUAAGAACUCAAAGACACACUUUCUGUGCCCUGCAAUAGGGAACAUUUAAUUUAAAUAAGUAGGUUUUCAUUCAGCACUGGGCUUAUUGCUGUGUAGCCUGUUUGACUAUGUGUUGUGUGUAUCAAACAUGUAUUUAAACUAUAUGUCAAAGCAAAGUUAUGAGGAUAAUGAAUUAUUAGUAUAGGUCUGUCUGGGAUGUUGAUGGAUUGCUAGUCCUAUAUGAUGUAUUUGCCCUGUAGCACAAUUUAUACACUGCACUGUUAAUAUUUAUUUAGGUAUUUCAAUAAAUGAUGUUUUGUAUAACUGC